AUGGCCUCACCUCAUCAACGACCCCUCCACCGCCCCUCGGUAUCUUCGCGACUCUCGAUAGCAAUCUCAACUCGUUCUGCUGAAGCUGGGGAGGCACGGCAUGAAGAUGGCGAGCAGAUCGAUGAAGAGAUAGAGGAGAUUAGGCGCUAUGAAGUAACACUCCUUCGCCUAGUUUCGCCUAAGCCUCGUUGCUGUGCGAACUUGCUGAUGAGGGUUAACUUAGGACUUUACGACGAUAGGUACGUUUGCCUACCCCCGACAAGACGAAUGGUGGAAGGAGAACCUCAUGGUGUUGGAUGGAUAGAUUGGGUACAGGACGCCGCGCGAGCGCAGCUUCAACGACGAACUCAGAAACGGAAGGAGGGGUAUUAUAUUCGUACAAAUUGGAGGAGGAAGCUUUGGUUGUCCUACGAUGCUGGGCAGGCGUGGAUCGUUAUUAGCUUGAUUGGCGCAUGCAUCGGCCUCAAUGCCUCGUUCCUGAAUAUAGCCACAGAGUGGUUGUCGGAUAUUAAGCUGGGACAUUGCACAACGGCGUUUUAUCUCAAUGAAAAUUUCUGCUGCUGGGGCGCAGAAGAUGGCUGCCCGGAGUGGAAAACAUGGAGCAAGGUUUGGCCAGUGAAUUACCUGCUCUACAUUUUGUUUUCGAUACUCUUUGCAUAUACCAGUGCUAUUCUCGUUAAAUCCUUCGCUCCAUAUGCUGCCGGCUCGGGCAUCUCCGAAAUCAAAUGCAUUCUUGCCGGCUUCGUCAUGAAGGGCUUUCUGGGUGGGUGGACGUUACUAAUAAAGUCUAUCGGCCUCCCACUCGCCAUUGCAUCGGGACUGAGUGUGGGUAAGGAGGGUCCUAGUGUGCAUUAUGCGGUAUGCACCGGGAAUGUGAUCAGCAGGUUCUUCGAGAAGUACAGGAAGAAUGCAGCGAAAACCAGGGAGAUAUUGUCUGCCUGUGCCGCCGCGGGCGUUGCCGUUGCCUUCGGAAGCCCUAUCGGGGGUGUGCUUUUUUCCCUUGAGGAAAUGUCGUCGGACUUUCCCCUAAAAACAAUGUGGAGGAGCUAUUUCUGUGCAUUGGUAGCCACCGCUGUUCUUGCUGCUAUGAACCCAUUCCGGACCGGUCAACUUGUCAUGUUUCAAGUUACUUAUGAUCGGGACUGGCACUUUUUUGAGAUUGUUUUCUUCAUAAUUAUUGGUAUAUUUGGCGGGCUCUACGGCGAGUUCGUCAUCAAAUGGAACUUGCGUGCUCAGUCCUUCCGCAAAAAAUAUCUGAAACAAUGGGCCAUCGCGGAAGCAACUUUUUUGGCAGGGAUCACUGCCGUGAUCUGUUACUCUAAUAUGUUCCUAAGAAUAGAUAUGACAGAAAGCAUGGAGAUUCUAUUUCACGAAUGUGAGGGUGGGCAUGAUUACAAUGGACUUUGCGAGAGUGGUCGGAGAUGGCAUAUGGUCAUGUCGCUCACCAUCGCAACUGUAAUCCGAGCGUUUCUUGUCAUUAUCUCGUACGGCUGCAAAGUCCCCGCCGGGAUCUUCGUGCCGUCUAUGGCUAUUGGAGCGUCCUUCGGCCGAACAGUCGGGAUCUUAGUUCAAGCACUCCACGAAGCCGCGCCGAACUCCAAGUUCUUUGCUGGCUGCGAACCAGACAUGCCCUGUAUCACACCGGGGACCUAUGCAUUCCUUGGUGCUGCGGCCGCACUUAGUGGCAUCAUGCACAUUACGGUUUCUGUGGUGGUUAUCAUGUUUGAACUCACGGGUGCAUUAACCUACAUUCUCCCCACAAUGAUAGUAGUUGGCGUAACAAAAGCUGUCAGUGAUAGUUUUGGCAAAGCGGGCAUCGCAGACCGGAUGAUAUGGUUCAAUGGGUUCCCAUUCUUAGAUAACAAAGAGGACCACUCGUUUGGGGUACCAGUAUCUCAUGUGAUGAAUCAGGAAUUAAUUGUGCUCCCAUCCACAGGCAUGACCAUCCGAGAAGCCGAAACAAUUCUAGAGUCGACAGAGUUCCAAGGAUUCCCGAUCGUGCAGGAUAGAAACUCAAAGUUGCUCAUAGGCUACAUUAAUCGAACGGAGCUCAAGUACGGCAUUGACCGUGCCAAGCGCGAACGUGCUAUUCCACCCACCUCCCGCUGCUACUUCCUGUCCGUGGACCAGACACAGACACCAGCCUCAAGCGUAGUAGUGACCGUUUCUAGUUCUGGUGGUGCAGGGCAACUAUCGUCGGGCUCGUUAUCACUGGACUUUGCCAGGUUCGUCGACCCAACACCGUUGACCGUGCACCCGCGCCUGCCACUCGAGACGGUGAUGGAGAUUUUCAAGAAGGUGGGGCCUAGGGUCAUGCUCGUGGAGCAUAGGGGGAAGUUGUCCGGCGUCGUGACAAGGAAGGACGUGCUCAAGUUUCAGUUCAAGGUGGAGAAUAGGGAGAAUCCCCGCGACGAUAGCGCUGAGGUUGAGAGGGAGGAGAAGCUGUGGGGUAUUAUUGUUGGGCUUUCACUAUGGCUGCGCAGGAAGGUGUUGAGGCAGGAGGCGCUGCCGGCCAGGGAAAGGAUUGGAGAUAGUGAUACCCAGGAUGAAGUUCUAGACGUCGAGGCUUCCCCCAUGGAUCUGGAACUGAAUGAACGGCGGUAA